UAAAUGCCGUAUAUAGUGGCGCUGCAACGAGAAAAUAAGAUAUCGAACUAAGGCCUUUGUAAACAAGAAUUAAGCCAAUUUAUUAAUAAAUAUUAAACAAACUAUAUGACAUAACCCCUAUUAUUGUAAAAACGGAAAAAUGGCUGCUUCCUGGUCCGAAGAUGAUAUUGGACGAAAAUGGGAUCGCUGCUUUGCAGACUCCUUUCUGAAAUUAAGUUGUGGAGUAGUCAUUGGUGGAGUAGUUUCUUUAUUUUUUUUCAGAAGAAGAAAGUGGCCACUAAUAAUUGGUGCUGGAUUUGGAUUAGGUAUGGCAUAUUCUGAAUGUGAACGGGAAAUUAAUGCAUUUGCAAAUCAAUAUAAUUUUGAAAGUAAAUGUGAUGGAAAGAAAAAGUAGUACAUAGAGAAUGUUUUAGUGAACAGUCAAAUUCACUGCUUAUGUACCCUAGUACAUUUGUAAAGUAGCUACAUCUGUAAUUCAUUUAAAUCUAACAUUGUAUAGAAUAAAAUUCAAUUGUACUUUAUCA